AGGAUUUACCUGUGAAACACACAGACUCGAGCCACUUCUAAGAGCUUAUUACCUGUGAAGUCUAAAGAAGUCGAUGCUUCCAGAUCUCUUCAUCCAGGAGUUUCAGAAAAUGAUGUAAUGAAAGGCAUCAAACCGAGACGAGAGAAUGGGCAGGGGAAAGCUGCAGAUACUGCCAUCAAGAGGAACAUCAAAAAGAGUUAUCAUUACAGCUACAGGCCAUUGAGUAAGCAGAAGUCAGAGGAAGAGCUCAAGGAUAAGAACCAGAUCUUAGAGGCCGUCAACAAGCAGUUACACCAGAAGUUGACUGAAACUCAGGGAAAGCUGAAGGACCUGACUGAAAAGGUGGAGCUGCUGCAGAAGUUUCAGGACAACAGUUUGGCGAUUUUGGAGAGCAAGGGCCUCAACCCAGACAGUGAAACCCUGGAAUCACAGCAGGAAUCCAACCCGGAUCACAUGGACUCGAUGUUGCUGUUAGAAACUUUGCAAGAUGAAUUGAAGCUUUUUAACGAAACAGCAAAAAAGCAGAUGGAGGAGUUACAGGCCUUAAAAGUAAAGUUGAAGAUGAAAGAAGAAGAGAGGGCCCGGUUCCUAGAGCAGCAGACCCUAUGUAACAGCCAAGUAAAUGAUUUUACAGCAGCCCUUGAGGAAAUGGAGCAGCUAUUAGAAAUGUGAUAAAAAGCAAGUGGCCAGAUGGCUCUCUCUUGGGGAUUAACUCUCGGAGGAAGCCACUAAGGACAUCUGCUUCUUGGCCAUGAUCUUCACCAUUCCAAGAAUGAAACCAGUUUGUGCAGUAGGAUUAAGGAUAGUUAAUGCUGGAAUGGCAGUUCCUCCUUUAAGAAAGUGUUCUCACUCGUCAGAUUGGCCAGCUCUCUGAACCUCACAUGUACAUAAUUAAGGUCUACAAGAAGGGAAUCUGGAAGCUUGGAUCAACUCCUAGGCAGCAAAGCGACCCACUGUUAGAAACAGGAGACUAAACCAGCCACAGCCAGAGGAUCCAAAAGGUCACAUUCAGAUGUGCAGGGAGAAACCCUGAAUCGUACCAAUGGGGCACAGGUCUCCACAGGAAAUGCCACUGAGGAGCCAUGCAGGCCCUCUAAUUUGGACACAUGGGAACUUAAAGUCACUUGAAAUGGCUUAAUAAAUGGGGUGAAGGUAUAGAUAGCAAUAACACCAACUGAAACAAUACACUCUGGAGCUUUAAAUCACUUCUGUGUUUUUUAUAUGUUUAUAUAUAUAUAUAUAAAGUGCUAAUUUUAAAAUAAAUAUUUCUGUAACUUCA